GAUAGACUCCGGCCCUCGUUAACUGGGCUGAUUCGUCUGUUGUCUUUCUACGAUACCCUUCGAUGUUUCUUCUGUCGUUUUGUGAACUUCACCCAGGAUUCGCGUUCGGUUUUUGUCAAUUUUUCAUUUUUGUUAAUGCUCGAGAGCUGCAGCUCGGGAAUCAUGCUUACCACUGCCAGUUAUUUUCAAUAAAUUUUGAAGUUUUCGAUCAAUUUUCGUGAUGGGUACUGCAUCUGCUAGAUACCCAUUUGGACUUGCCGUUCACUCCAUCCAGAAACUGGAUAGCUCAAGCUCCGAGUUUCCUCUUAAUGUUGACGUUUCAAGAAUUAGUUUGUGCCCAAGCUCUGUGUCCUCCACAGCGUCAAAGGGUUUUGUAGACCGUAUAUGUGCACGUCCUAAUAUUGAUGAUUUCAGCUGGGAGAAAGUGCCGACACCCAUGCUUGAUGCAAUUGAUAGUCCUCUUUGUUUGAAGAACUUAUCUCUUAAGGAACUCAAGCAACUGGCAGGUGAAAUCCGUUUGGAAUUGUCUAUGAUGAUGUUAAAUGCACACAUUUCAUUUGGAGCAAGUUUGGCAGUGGUGGAACUGACCGUUGCAAUACACCAUGUUUUUCAUGCUCCAGUGGACAAGAUCUUGUGGGAUGUUGGAGAUCAAACAUAUGCACAUAAGAUUCUUACAGGAAGGAGAUCCCUCAUGAAGACAGUGAGACAAAAGAAUGGCCUUUCUGGAUUUACGUCUCGAUCUGAGAGUGAAUAUGAUGCAUUCGGUGCAGGUCAUGGAUGCAACAGCAUUUCUGCUGGACUUGGUAUGGCAGUUGCACGGGAUAUGAAGGGGAGGCGAGAACGUGUAGUUGCAAUUAUCAGCAAUUGGACAACUAUGGCUGGUCAAGUUUAUGAAGCAAUGAGCAAUGCAGGAUAUUUGGACUCAAAUAUGGUUGUGAUUCUGAAUGACUGCCGUUACUCUUUACAUCCAAAAGUUGAGGAGGGCCCAAAGGCAUCAAUCAAUGCAUUAUCUGGUACUCUAAGCAGGAUCCAGUCCAGUAAAUCUUUCCGAAGGUUUAGAGAAGUUGCUAAAGGCGUUACAAAACGAAUUGGUGGAGGUAUGCAUGAACUAGCAGCUAAAGUUGAUGAAUUUGCACGUGGUAUGAUGGGUCCUCUAGGAUCCACUCUUUUUGAGGAGCUUGGGUUGUAUUACAUUGGCCCUGUGGAUGGACACAACAUUGAGGAGCUAAUUUGUGUUCUAGAAGAAGUAGCAUCUCUUGAUUCAAUGGGCCCUGUCCUGAUUCAUGUAAUAACUGGUGAAAACCAAGGAGUGGAAUAUAAUCUGAGUACAGUAGCAGAAAAGCAGCAGGACGGUUCUAGCAGCUUUGAUUCAUUUCAUCAAGCUGGUCAACCUCGGACAUAUAGUGAUUGCUUGGCAGAAACUUUGGUCAUGGAAGCAGAGAAAGAUAAAGAUAUUGUGGUAGUUCAUGCAGGACCUACGAUGGAACCAUCACAUCAACUGUUUCGAGAAAAAAUGUUAGAUAAGUUUUUCGAUGUGGGUAUGGCUGAGCAACAUGCAGUUACAUUUGCAUCUGGUUUGGCAUGUGGUGGAUUGAAGCCUUUUUGCAUAAUACCUUCUUCCUUCCUUCAGAGAGCUUAUGACCAAGUGAUCCAUGAUGUUGAUCAACAGAAAAUUCCAGUGCGUUUUGUCAUUACAAGUGCAGGAUUGGUAGGUUCUGAUGGUCCCCUCCAAUGCGGAGCAUUUGAUAUAGCGUUCAUGUCAUGUUUGCCAAAUAUGAUAGUCAUGGCACCAUCUGAUGAGGUUGAGCUUGUGCACAUGGUGGCUACUGCUAGUCAUGUCAAUGAUCGGCCAAUUUGCUUCCGGUAUCCAAGAGGUGCUAUAAUUAGGAGCAACUGCGCUGCAUGCAAUGGAGUACCCAUUGAGAUUGGAAAAGGAAGAAUUAUUGUUGAAGGAAAAGACGUUGCUUUACUGGGAUACGGAUCAAUGGUUGAGAACUGCCUAAAAGCCCACACACUUCUUUCAAAGCUAGGGAUCGAGGUCACAGUUGCUGAUGCAAGGUUCUGCAAGCCACUGGACAUCAGUCUUCUCAGGCGGCUUUGUGAGAACCAUUCCUUCCUGAUUACUGUUGAGGAAGGAUCUAUUGGAGGAUUUGGUUCUCAUGUUGCCCAAUUUUUCGCUCUUGAUGGACAGCUUGAUGGAAAAAUUAAGUGGCGACCUAUUGUCUUACCGGACAGUUACAUAGAGCAUGCAUCACCAAACGAGCAGCUUGAUCAGGCAGGACUGACUGGACACCACAUUGCUGCCACAGCUUUGAGCUUGCUUGGUCGUACCCGCGAAGCCCUCCUUUUUAUGUGUUCAUGACUGCCAUCCUGCAUGGCCGUUGAGAGAUAGGGAAAUUGAUAGACGCAUUCAUAGAUUAAUUUACCGAUCCCUUGAUUUUUGUAUAUAAAUAGGUUACCUGUGAUAUCUUGAAUAUGUUAAUUGUACAGUACAAAUGUCAAAAUGAAAUAUAUAUCCAUUUGUUAUAUACGCAGUUGAGGUUGCUUCAGCGCAAUA